AUGAGUGACGAAAUCGAACAACCCCACAAAAAAUGGUUUCAACAUCUCUUUAAUAGUCUUCACAAGGGUGAAACAGUAAUUGAAUUUCCCAUUGAUAAAAUUGAUAAUUAUCUGCCAAACGAUUUUAUAAAAAUCUUUAAUAGUAACGAUGAAGAAAAUCUUAUUAAAAUUUUAAACACCCCAAAUAAUGAAGAAGAAAGGGAAAAAUUUAAUGCAGAAACUGAUAAAAACAGGAACAGAGAAAAUGAUCUAAUUCUUACCAAUAGUAAAGGUAUAUUUGCUAUUGUGGAGACAAAAAGAGAAGGAAAUGACAAAAGUAACAAAAGAUUUAGAAUGAGUUUUGCUAUUCGUCAAGCUGAGUAUUAUAGGUGUAAGUUUAUUAAAGAAUGUAAUGGAGUUUACAAAGUUGGAGAUAUUUUGCUUGAUGUCAUUACUGUUAUUAGACCAUGA